UAUUACUCUACGCAGCGACAAGACGAGGAAUCGCACGUUCCAUGUCUAUUGAUCACCCAUUGUCACCUUUGUCUUGUACGAACAGAAGCAUCUGACGAUAUCUUGUCUCUUUCCAUUCGAAGCAUCAAUGGAUGGUCAACGUGCAGUGCGUCUUCUCUACCGCCGCUCGUGCCUUCCAGCGCAGAGCUCGGUUGAGACAUGUAGCUGGACCUUCCCCUUCUCGCCUAUCGACUCAAUACCCUCUCAAGGACGGCGUCACAGUCAGAUUCACGGUCGGAAUUGUAGUCCGUCAAUAUGGGGUCCGCCUUAGUUCAUCAUCCACAAGGCGCUCAACUUCCUUCGCUUCUUUCGCACCAUCCGAGUCGAAAUCUCCGUCUGCGGCUCCAAGAAUAUCAGCGGAUGAGCUCUCCAUACCUACCUCGUCGAUCAGCCUUCCGGCUCAGUCUUUUGCAGGAUGGCCAGGAGUAAAAGAGCCAGGAACCGAGGGUGAUUUUACCAUCGAAGAGAAGGAAGCAUAUGCUGCUACAGAAGUGGAUCUGGAGGCCGGCGACAAUGCAAAGAACCAACAGUCUGUUCUCCGCAAACAGCUCGAUAACCUUGUCUCAGUCUUCUUGCCUUCCCGUGCUCGGCCGAAGAAGACUGACCUUUCGUACGUUAAGCCUGACGACUGGGAGCAGAAUCUACGGAAGCUCGAAACUCCAGCUACUUUGCAAUUCAGGUCGUCGACUCCCCUCCGGAAAAUCCUCCUCGACUACCUUUUUCAGAUAGAACCGCUUCUUCGCGGCGGUAAAUUUCCGUCGGGGUCGUAUGGGGUCGAUAGCGAACCGGACAUUGUCCUUCAAGCCGUCUUUAAAGAGGAGAACCUCAACACCCUCAGUGAAAGUGGGCACGACGUCACUGAUGUGGUAAGCUGGGCCUGGAUUUUCUCAGCUCAGAGCGUCGACCUCGCUGUACAGAGGUACAUAGCGUUGGCUGCAAAUUACCGCGACUCUGGAAAUGGACGGUUGCCCAAAUUCAUUCUGUUGCAAAUUCUACGCGCAUCACGUAUCAGCGCUUUUGCGUUAAAAGGGCUCAUCAGAAGUAUUUUGACGGAACUUGACUCCUGCAAAGAAGCCCAGCAAUAUUCCGGAUGGGGUUGGACGAGCAGAGUAUGUCUGGUGGUACGACUUCUUCGACAUGCUCGCCAAGUGGCCCCCAGUUGCUUCAAAGACAUCAGCUUGAUCAUUGAGCAUCUGUUUUCUGACCUCUACAUGUUUCAGGAGGACUCACUCGGCCCUUCGGAAUUAAAACGUCUAUCUCAUAUCUUCAAUCGCUUUCUCUCACUGAUUGCGUUGCCGACCAUCAAGACUUUCGACACUUAUCUCUUACAACAAAAUGCCCAGCUUGCUCUCAUUAGGCUUAUGGUGGGAUUUAAGCCACAACUACCUCUCACUCGAGAAGGCUAUCGAGCGCUUAUUUCGGUCCAGUUGAUGCAUCCCAAGACCGGAGAGGAGCGUGCAUGGGCAGAAGCAAAAUCUCUAGCUUGGCCACCCUGGCGGCGAAUAAAAUCUGGAAUUGAGCAGGAUCUGGAAUACCCCGGCAGACAAAGUCGAGCUAUGAAAUUACUUGGACGGAUGAACCAGGCAGGAUACACUCAUGGUGCUUGGGAGAAAAGUGCUGCUGUUUUGGCAGGAUGGGAUACAGACAAAAGCCCGACCAUUCAGACACGAGCAAUCCUGAAGUUACCUCGCCAGCCAUGGAAGAUGCCAAAGCAGGCGGUCGAUUACCUUGACAGCUCGUCUCACGAUGCAGCCGAAGUAUGGGCAGCACGUAUUCAAGCCACCAGGACCCAGAGAGAAGCCUGGGCAUCUUUCUGUGCAUAUGAAAAAGCGACAGAAUUGUCUAGAAGACGACAUCAACCAUAUUUUGCCAUGUGCGAAAAGUUACUCGCCCAAGUUGCAACAGCAGAUUCAGCAUUGGGAUCGCGAUAUCUCGCAGGAGAUGUAAAAGAAGUAUUCGAAGAUCCUGUAAGUCCGCGGGAUAUUGUCUACGUGGACAGAGAAGUGCCUUCCUUGGACGAUUUCUACAACGAAAUGUUUCGCGCCGGCAUUGUUCCUGGAGGCAGACUCCUGAGUGAUUUACUGGAUCAUGCUCCCAAUAUUGAAGCCGGGUUCUCCUACAUUCAGGAUAGUCGAUGGGAUGAAGUGACAAAGGAUGUCCUACGGCAUGUUGAAAAUUAUCCCUCGACGAUAAUUCACGAUGCUGUCGACCGAAUCCCAAGCCUUUGCUUAGCGGCAUUCAUCUAUCUACUGUGCAGAUACGGAUAUGACAACCAUCCGGAUUUCUCCAUCGCGACCGAAACCUAUGACGUGGAAGCAGCACAGUGGACAAUCACGAAACAGCCUGUGACCCCUUUGACAUACGCAUGGAAUCUUCUACGAGUCGGAGAAUGCACAGAUACCCGUGCUUGGAACGCCUUUCUCAAAGGAGCAUGGGCGUGCAUCCGUGAUGCCAAUGCUAAGUCGAGAAGUGGCACUAUGUCCCACAGCGAUGAGCGCACGAUCAAGCAUGAGGUCUGGCGUUGUCUAUGGGAACAGUUCAAUCCGAAGACGGAACUGAAGAUGCAACCCGACCUCGAUUCAUUCCGUCACUUGGCCGGGAUCAUAACUUCUGUUGUCAGGGACGCAAAUCAUCGGCGACUACAUAUAGCAAGCAGAAGACUGGGAUCACUUGCGAAAUCAAUCUUUUUGCGCGCAAUCUAUGGUCACUCUGUUGCGGAUUUCCUCCCGCGCCACACGUUACCGAUCCUCCUUCUGCCCGAACCAGGCGAUUUGAGACUGAUGACCAGGAUUCUUGUAUCAGUUGGCGACAUCGAAGGCACAGUCGCUCUGGUGAAAUGGAUGAAUGAGCAUGCCGAAGCAUAUAUGUCCAAAGGCAAACGUAGCCUGUCGGUGACUGGCGACGCUCCUGAAGAUCAAGAGCUGACCCAGAUUCGUUCCGUCCUGUGCAUAAUAAGGCUAUUCUUCGAGGGCAGACCUAAAUAUCUAGGCGACAAGGAGACAUUCUCGUUCGAGACUCCUUUGAUCGUGCGACCAGAAUUGAUCGAAAAGGCAAGAGGUCUUUGCGGAUCGCUCCAUUGGCCAUCGGACGAAGAAGUCGGUAUGUUCCUCUUGCGCGAAUGGGACUGGUUGCAACGUGUUGCUCGGGCUGUGAAAAGGGCAAGUCUACGACAAGCACCGGAGAAUGUUGCACAUGACACUGGCGAGAAGGUAGAGAAUCACAAGGAGGAUGUCGGCGGCUUGGAGAGCGCCAACAUGGUCAGAAUUAGAAGGCACGUCACAUAGUAAUCAAUUCUAUGUUUGAUUCUUUUUUGA